AACACAACCGUACGUAAGCCAGCAUGUAACCGACUCGGCAUCACAGAACCUCCCUUCUGAAGGAGCUAAUUUUCCAGGCGGGAGAGAGAGAGAAUUCUUUCAGAAUUCUAAGAUGGCUGCCCGAUUGGAGAUGGUGAUGAAUUGGAAUUACUAGCAGCACGGGUAGAAUUUGAAGGAUGAUGAAGCUCCGUUUCGUGUUCUUCCUGAUCCUGAGCGGGUCCGUGCUGUUUGUGUACAAGCUGGUGGCACACAUCAACGUGGCCAAGGAGAAGUUUCGCGGGGUGCGCUCCGGAUACACGGGCGCCCGCAGCCCGAGAAUGUUCAUGAUACAAGCCGGGCUCAGGUCGCAGUUUGCGCUUGGGUUCAUGGACCCUCCCCUCCCCCCUGUGAGCACUAUCAGUGUUCCCACCGUGCCGACUGACCUGGACUGGACAGUCAACCAGACAGCCCUCAACAUGCACAGAGCCGAUAUCGAACAAUUCGUGGACGCCGAACGGAACAUCUCACUAGUGAGGUCAGAGGUCAGAGUGGGUCAGGUCAUGCACUUUGACUACUCGGAGCAGAAGUACGUCUUCCCCAUCAGCGCCAGUCUCUACUCUCUCAUACCGGAGGAAUCGCCAUUUCAGAACAAACACUACAACGCCUGCGCAGUGGUGGGCAGCGGCGGUAUCCUUAGCAACAGCUACUGUGGGAACGAGAUCGACCGAGCCGACUUCGUGUUCCGCUGCAACUUCGCGCCGAUCGACAAGUACAAAUCGCACGUCGGCUCCAAGACGAACUUCACCACCUUCAACCCAAGCGUCUUGGAGAAAUACUUCAACAACCUCCAGACUAUCUACGACCGGGCGAGGUUUCUGGGCGAGCUGAGGAGACUGAAGGGAGCCGUGCUCUGGAUUCCCGCCUUUUCUUUCCACGGGUCCAACAUGGUGACCAGAACUUUGACCGACUUUUUCCUGGAGCACGAGAGACAGUUCAACCCCAAACUGAACCUGGCCUGGCCGGGGAACGUCAUGAAACACUUCAGCGACUUCUGGAAAACCAAAGGCUUGUCACCCAAAAGACUGAGUACGGGGAUGAUAGUGUAUACCCUGGCCACCAUGUUCUGUGAAGAGGUCCGUCUGUACGGGUUCUGGCCCUACUCUGUGGCACCGGACCACACGCCGCUGUCAUAUCACUACUACGACAAAAAAGGGACGACGUUCACGAUGAAGUGGAAGCAGGCCCACCAGCUGCCUGAAGAGUUCAACCUCCUCCAACAGCUGCACAAACAUGGCGUCCUCAAGCUCACAGUCACGCCAUGUUCCUCAUGACGUCAUCGUGACGUAGAUAGGUUUUCAUGACCUGAUUGGUCAGUCGAUGUAGAUGUGUGGUAAAUUCAGCCUAUGCCACGUGCCUGUGAAGCAGGUGUGUU